ACUGUCUGUGAGCUCAGUCUUGUUUACGUUGCUGGGAAAGACUGACGAAAGGAGGAGCACGGCCUAAUAAUUCCCACAUUUUCCACAUUUUCCACCAUGCCUGUCAAAACGGAGAUGGCUUCCCUGGACCCUCCGCCCCCAGCUAACUCAGGGCAACCAGGAGUGACACGUAGCCUCUUAUAUAAUGGCUCAAGAUUUCAGGGACACCAAAAAUCCAAGGGGCAGUCUUAUGAUGUCGAAGUUGUAUUGCAGCAUGUGGAUGAAGCAAACUCCUACCUGUGUGGCUACCUCAAGAUCAAAGGGCUUACUGAAGAGUACCCAACACUAACUACUUUCUUCGACGGUGAAAUUAUAAGUGAAAAAUAUCCAUUUCUCACCAGGAAAUGGGACGCAGAUGAAGAAGUCGAUAAAAAGCACUGGGGUAAAUUUCCCCCCUUCUACCAGUACACCAAAACCUUCAACUCCGACACGUUUGACUACUCAGUCUUGAAGGACUCAGAACACGUGUUUAUGAGGUGGAAGGAGCACUUCCUCGUGCCAGAUCACACUGUCAAGGACAUCAAUGGGGCGUCCUUUGCUGGCUUCUAUUACAUAUGCUUUCAGAAGAGUGCGGCAACUAUUGACGGUUACUAUUAUCACCGUACUUCAGAAUGGUACCAGUCCCUCAACUUGACCCACGUCCCGGAGCACAGCGUUCAGAUCUAUGAGUUCAGAUAAGUGGCUACAAGUGAUGGUUCGACAUGUGCGUGUGUGUGUGUGUGUGUUUGCAGCGACUCACUUUAUAUAUAAGUCAAUUUUAUUUGUUCCUCUAUAAGAAAAAGUGUAAUUGGUGUCUUAACUGGUUGAACUUUCUCUUAGCAGCAAGGCUUCUGUGAUGUGAGUAUGUUGGGCUGCUGCCUGGACUGCUUGGGAAGGGAUGGGACAGGAGGGAGUGGCAAGGAGUGCUAAGUUUGUUUCAUGGAGGCAUCCUUUUUUUUUUUUUUCUACCAUGCUGAAAUUAUUUUCUGAAUUUUUGUGGAAUUAAUACAAUUUCCAUUUAUUAUCUAGGAAAUUAGCUCUUCUCUCUCGUAAGUUGGCAAAGUGAAACUGGUUUUGAUAUUUAUGAGCAUCUUUUUGUUUUAUUGUGGAAUUAUACACUGUUGGUGGAUAUGACUUGUUUUUAAAAUGAAGGAUGUUUGUUCCAUGUUAGUCAGUGAAUGACACUGGUUACUUUAGAUAGUCUCUGAAACAUAUGGAAUUGUUAACAGUUGAAUUUAGGGAAAAUUAGACAAUACCAAAUCUGGAAUUGUCAUACAAAAUAGGACUGAAUGUAUGCUGUACUUCAUAUUAUUUCCCUAUAUUUUCUAUUUUUUAUUCAUUUAUGGAAUUAAUCAAACAACUAAUUACAUUUAAGGUCAGUUACAAUAUAUAUAUAUAUAUAUAUAUAUAUAUAUAUAUAUAUAUAUAUAUAUAUAUAUAUAUAUAUAUAUAUAUAUAGACACACACACACACACACACACACACCUGUAUCUGUGUGACAUACUCAGUAAUAAGCAGUCAUAAGAUAAGGGUGAACUUCACCAUUUUGUUGUGUAUUGCCCAGUAAGAGACAUUGUUACCAUGACUGGGCAGUGUGGGGAGAGUGAAGGGGACAGUGCCACCUGGGAAUGGUAGGUGAGGGGAACAGUGCCAUCUGGGAAAGGCACAUGAGUGGAUAAUGUCACUGAACAAGUGAGAUGAGUGCUAUCUAUGAAGAACUGGUAAAUCAGUAGUGCCUCAUACAGGAGACAAUGCCACAUAUGAAGGGCAAUGUGAGUAGUGCCACUGUAAGCAGAUGAGAAGAAUGCCACCUGUGAAGGGCAGAUAAAGAAGCAGUGCCUCCUACUGGGCUAAGACAGUGCCACCUAUGAGGAGUAUAAGGAGUAGUGAGUGCCUCCUGUAAGGUUGAGACAGUGCCACCACCUGUGCAGGACAGGGUGUGUGAUUGAUGAUGCUGUAACAGGUGUGUUCUUCUAUCCAGUGUUUGUCUCAGUGCUGACUAUAGAGCUAUUUAUGAUAUAUUUUAUAGAAAUGAAGCUGUAUUGUUGUAAUUUGUAGAAGACCUUCUGUGCUACUUGUAUGUUGUUUGAGGGAUGUGAGUUUGAAUCCUACUUGCAAUCUUUAUAUUAAUAUAUACAUGCUUGUAGAGGAAAUGGAGAGGCCUUUCAAUCAGUCUGGAAACAGAAAUACUAUCUUAAAUUUUUCAGAAUUGGCAGGCUCUUUGUGAUGGCUAAUAUACAUAUACUCAUAUAUAUAUAUAUAUAUAUAUAUAUAUAUAUAUAUAUAUAUAUAUAUAUAUAUAUAUAUAUAUAUAUAUAUAUAUAUAUAUAUAUAUUACUUUACUUUCCCAUAGGUAACAUAGGAGUACUAGUGAUUUCAUUUGUGUAUUGUGUGAGCCAUUUGCUGUGGCAAUGAUCUGCCAACCCUAGGGUCGUGCCACAGAGGACUAUCAAAGGAAAGGAUCACCGCCUUGUGUGUCAGUCUGCUGAAGGUGUGAGGUGACCAAAGAACCUCGUCAAGAGAAAUAGGACCUUGUUUUUUAUUCACUUGACCUCAUCCUUCCAUCUACUAUUGGAACCUCCUACUACUCCCUUUCCACUAAGAGAAGAAUGGCAGACGAUGAACAUUCACUCAUGGCUCUUAAAGAAAAAAAGAUCUAAGGAUGUGUUAUGCUGUUAUACUCAAGUCAUUUGUAAAAGUGAAAGUUUGCUCUGUCAACAUGAUCAGCUUGUAAUGCUGCUGCUCUUUCUUUUUUUCCUCUUUGUGAUCAUUACCUACAGAUCCUUGAACAACAUCCACUAUAGCCACUGUAGGCCAAGGUGAUAUGAAAACCAUGCCCGUGCCCUCUACCCACUCUUGGCAGGCCGCCUGAUUGGUGCACCCAUAAUGUUCCUGUCGCUUCCCAAUAUUUGUAUAUUUAAUGUAUUUUCUAUUACCUUAUCAGUUAGCCAUGCCUCAAGCUGAUGUUUGAAAGCAUCAGUGUUAAUAUAAUGAAAAUGUCAAAGUAUUAACUGUUCAUAAAAUUUACAGCAAUAAAUAAACAUGUAGUUUACAUUACUUUAAAAAAAAAAGAAAAAAAACAGCUUGAGGCAAGGUUGUUUGAUAAGGUGUUGGAAAAUAUCCUAAAUAUAGGAAAUAUUGGGAAGUGACAAGAAGACUAUGAUUUCAACAACCAGCAGUCCUGCUGGAAAGGAGACAGGAGGCAGGGAACAUAACUUUCAUAUCGACUUAACUCAGAGGGACUAUAGCUAUGGUGUGUGGUGUUCCUGUACUCAAAUCUGUCAUAACAGUUUGUCUACAUGACUUGUCUAUAUUGCUCCUCCUUUCUCUCUCUUGGUCAUCAUUACAUACAGACAUUUGAUUAACAUUUAUUAUUUAGGGUGUGAUACUUUGUUACUCAACUCGGUCAUAAAAAUGUAUUCUCUCCAUAUUAUGAGCUCAUACAGCUCUUUCUCCUUCCCUCUUUCUCUCUCAUGCUCAUUACCUGCACACAUACAAUAUUCCUUGUAAAUUUGUCAGCCAAUCACAUUUCUUUGUGGUUUCAGGAACUUGAUAUAAAGAUCAAUAAUAAAUGCUUGAGCAGAAUGGCAUGAGGAAAGUAGAAUUUUUAUAGAUGCAGGAUCUCUCUCUCUCUCUCUCUCUCUCUCUCUCUCUCUCUCUCUCUCUCUCUCUCUCUCUCUCUCUCUCUCUCUCUCUCUCUCUCUCUCUCUCUCUCUCUCUCUCUCUCUCUCUCUCUCUCUCUCUCUCUCUCUCUCUCUCUCUCUCUGAUAGGUAUGGCAAAUUACAUCUGAGACGAUAAUUUUUGCACUGCAUUGUAUUCCUUACUUUUCAUGUGUUAGAUAACAUAAUGAAAAAACGAUAAUCCAUUCUGAAAUAUUCACAGUCCUUAAAUGUUUUGACUCGGAGAUUAUCCUGUGUGUCAUAUAUUAAUGUGUACUGUUUUGUUCUGCUUCAUGUGUUCUACUUUAACAUUUGUUGUUAUCAUGCUGCACUGAAGAGAGUACCAUAUAUAUUUUGCAGUGUUAGUUAUUAUACUUCAUAACAGAGUAAAAAAAAAAAGUGUGGAGAUUUUUAUAAUCAAGAGGUUGUUCAUUGAGGUGGCAAUAAAGUCAAUCAUAUUUACUGGGUUACUUGUACAUCUCCAAAUAUACUCCAUGUACAUAUCGAUUCUGUAUAUAAUUCUUGUGUAGAUCAGAUUUUUUUUUUAUGAGUUUAAAUUCAUCUCGUGUUAUACAUAAUAUCUACUAUUUGAGACAAGGAAGAAACAUUUACAUCAGGGAUUCCAGAAAAUUACCAAAUAGGUGGAAAUGAUAAUAAAAGAAGGUGAUAAGGCAGCCAGCCAAUUAAUUCAUACUAGUGAAUUGCAAUUAACAAUUCUUGAAUCAGGAUCAACCAUAUAGUUUGUGCACCUUUCAAUAUUUUAACAUACAUUUAUGUACAGCUUACAGUAUGUUUUUCAAUAUUUUGUGGUCAUGUUCUUCAGAGAAAUCAGGACAAAGUUCUGAGUUCAGUUCUUUACUUGGAAAAUUCAUUAUUAUUUUUGAAACUAUAUAACUGCCAUAGUACCUUGGCUUAUGACUAACUUUGUGGACAUGCAGUUUGUAAGAUGAACAUAGGUAUCAAGCAAAAUUUGCUUUAGGGUUAAAGCAUAACUUAAAAAGCCACCCAAAAAGAGCCAAUGGUUCUCCUUUCCCAUGUACAGAGUGCAUUGUCUUCUUUUUCUUCUUCUUGUGUUAAGCUUUGUAACUUUUUAGGUCAUCACUCCUUCUGUUGUUUCUUGCUCUGCUUCUUUUUCAUUACUACACUUCUUCCUCAGUCAUUUUUUCCCAACUCUUUUAAUACAUUUUAUAAAAUUUACUGACUCCACUUUAUCUCCGUAUAGUCUUAGUACUGUGCUGAUCCCUCUAUCCUCUUCUUCUGACCCCCUAUGCCUUUCCUCCUCCCAGUGAUGGCUAUUACUGCUGUCACAAGCUGGCUUCUCUGAUCCACAUACCUAUCACACUCCACUAUUAGGUAUUCAGUGGUCUUCAUUCACCCACAGAACCUGUAGCUCUGUUGCCUGUCACCCUCCACGCGUGUCUUUAGCAACGUCAGCUUCUCUGCACUCGUACUGUGCUUUCCUACAUUAUUUUGUGACUUUUAUGCAGUGCUGUGACUUUACAUUGCUAAAGCUAUGGCCUGCAUUAUGAAGCAACCUUUAAAGGAAGGUGCUAAGUAGGAGGUGAUUACAGUUGAGACAAAGCAGAGUAUCGAGAAGCACGAACGAGGUGUCCACAUGGUUAUCGUUUGUUGUUUUGUUUUAUUUGGGACAAUAAUUUUUAUACAUAAUAGUACUUUAAAUUGCUUUAUAUGAAUAUUUCUUGUUCAGUGGAACAGAUUAGACACAUUUCCAUUAAUUCUUAUGGAGAAAAUUUAUUUGAUUUAUGAGUAAAUUGGACUACGAGUCCUUACCAGGAAUGGAUUACACUCACAAUUCAAGGUGCUGUUGUACGUAUAUUAUGUUUGGUGUGCAAAAAUUUUAAGUAUUUAUCCUUUUCUUAUUUAUUAAUUAAUCUAUUAUUAUUAUUAUUAUUAUUAUUAUUAUUAUUAUUAUUAUUAUUAUUAUUAUUAUUACUAUUAUUAUUAUUAUUAAUAUUAUUAUUAUUAUUAUUAUUAUAUUUUAUUUUAUUAUUAUUUAUUUAUUUAUUUAUUUUUAUUUAUUUUUUUUUAUUGAAAAUUGAAGUUGAAAAAAGAACUGUAGCUGUAAUAGGUACACAGACAUACAAAACACAUCCUAACAUACCCAUGACACCCAAAUCUCACCCAGGCACACUGAGAACAUGGCAAACUACAUCCAAAAUGUAGCUAAACACACCAAGGUGUACCCAACACUCUCAAAAACAUGCCUGCUGAUAUCCUAUAAGGAGCAUGUAAGUUGUAUACAUGAAGUGCAUAAUAAGCUAAUGAAUCACUGUGGUUAAUCAAAGGAUAAUAUAUUGAUAUAGGUAUGUAAUGUAACGGAUAAGUGUAGUGUUAAGGAUGGGAAUCCUUGUUUACAUAGUUUUUAGUGUUUAGUUAUCUUAUAAAGCUAAAUUCUCUUGCUGUAUAUGGCAUUGUUUGAUUACUGUAGCUUGCUGUGUAUUGCACUAUUUGGUUACUGUAGCUAAAAUAUUGUCUGUAAUACUUUUUUCCCAUUAUUUAAAAGGGUCUCAUCCUUGUAAAUUUUUUCUUAUUUAUGAAUUAAUUUCUUUCUUUAAGAGAGAUCUUGGCCUUACAUACUGAUAAAUGGAUUAUUUUAUUUAUUAUUUUUCUUUACCUUGUAGCUUGCUUUUGAUAUGGCCAGUCAUGAGAAAUGUGUGUGCCAGUAGCUCACAAGUCCAUACGUAUAGUUUGAUAUAUUUAUAGUACCUACACUUGAAGGCUUAAAGAGGCAUGUAGAGAUUGGCCUGCACUCGGCAUCUCAAAAUGUGUGUGUAGACCUUAAGGUGAUGCAUAUAGCAAGCAAGGUUGUGAUAUAAGGUUUUUUUAUUUUAUUAUUUUUUUUUUUAUUUUUUUUUAUUCAUCUAUUUUUAUGAAUCUAAUUAUAUAUAUAUAUAUAUAUAUAUAUAUAUAUAUAUAUAUAUAUAUAUAUAUAUAUAUAUAUAUAUAAGAUGGUCAUAGUAAGGUAAUUUUAUGUAUUUCUUGCAUGUCAUCUGUGUCAUUAGAGGGAGGCUGACUAAAUUUGCUUUCUAAAAUAUAUAUAUAUAUAUAUAUAUAUAUAUAUAUAUAUAUAUAUAUAUAUAUAUAUAUAUAUAUAUAUAUAUCCUAUGUUCCUUGCCAAAAUCCUCUCUCUCUCUCUCUCUCUCUCUCUCUCUCUCUCAGGCACCUAAUGAUGAUAAAUAAGUUUUUUUUCAAUGUAAUACACAGCAGAGAAUGUUUAUGCAGUACCCAGCCAGUUAAUAAUCAUAUGAAGUAUCAGUAUGAUUAUUUAAAAGAUGCAACCCAGAGAUAUAGGUUACUUUGCAGAGUGGAAUUGACAUGGCAUAGGUGAUGCAUGAUCCCACAAUGUAAUGGUAACACCAUUUCUGUCUUGUGGUGUGAAAUUAACUGUAACUGCUAUGACUUUGUUUCAUGCUUGAUAUAAUGAUUUAGUGCAAGCUUAGAGUAUAAUUUUUGAAAGAUCACUGACAAUAAAUGGAAUGUUGGAGCAGUUCAAGCCUUUUGGUGCUUGUAGUUUUAUUUUUUCUCUGUGAAAUAAUUUCUUGUUACUGAUAUGAAAUAAAGACUGUCAGCCUGGAUUACCAUUUCCCUGAGAUGCAAUACAUGAUGUGGCCAGGGAAGUGGUGGUUAGGAUUCAAAACUUGUAUUGUCUAAGGCAUGAAAAUCACACACUCCAGGUAUUCUGUUGUGGGAGCAGACAAAAGUUAGGUUAGGUGUGAUAAAAUGAAUUUACAUAUAUAACUUAACCUAACACUUUCUAGCUCUCCUCCUCUAGCUCUGCCUCCUGUCUAUUACUGCAUUUUUGUAGACUGAGAAAUUCCUCUCUACAUCCACAGUGGCUACCUAUUUCACCCUAAAUUUUCUCAAUCUUGCUCUUAGGUCCAGGUUGAUUAGGGCUUCCAUCAGAGAUGAGCCCAGGGUCUCUGCCUUUUUUCAUUGGAGUAGAGACCAGAUUGAAAAAGUAUUCAUAGCAGAUUUAUUUCUUUUCAGAAACUUAUUUUUGAAAAAAUGUUUUAUGUUCUUUUACAUAUUUUCCUGAUCAUGGAUGAGGAUGUAUGUACAGUCCUUCGGCAUCUAACAUGAAUUCACUGAUCAGACUGAUUGCAGGAACAUUAAAAAUUUGCCCAAAACAACAUGCUUGUCUGAAUGCAAUUCAAGUCAGGGACUUCAGCAAUUAUGUGAUGUGUGUGGGAACCAAACUGUUUUGUUUGGGAAAGGUUGGCAGCACUCAGAAAUUAUAUAUUUGAAAUUAUAAUAUGGUAUUGACAGUAAAUGUACAGCUGUCCUAAGUAGUAAUGUCACAAAGUCUAGUUUAUUUCAUGUUUCUACAUCAUGUAAAUAUAUAAAUUAAUGAACUGCUAUAUUUUAACAGUUCUGCAAAGACUAAGAGGAGCUGUGGAUGUAAUUGAUGGAGACAUUGGUCUCAUACUGUAAUGUAGAAUAUGACAUCAAUGCUUUGGGAAACUGUGUGUUGUAGACUCAUAACUGAUAUGUUCUAUGACUUACAGGAAUGUUUAAUUUAUACAUUUGUCAUUAAAGUGUUGCUUUUAUUAUUAUUAUUAUUAUUAUUAUUAUUAUUAUUAUUAUUAUUAUUAUUAUUAUUGUUAUUAUAUAAAUAUUAGUUCUGCUACUACUAGGGAGAAAUGGAUAGUUUUUGACUGACUGACCAGUUAUUUUUGGGGUUAGGUAGGAUAGGUUCAGUUAUGUUACUCAAUCUAAUAUAAUCUAACAUGUAGUAUUGAUUUUCCUUUGUUUAGAUUGACUUAAGGUUAAUUUUAAAAUAUCUAAUAUUUUAGAGUGUCUGUAGUACCUGUUUGGAUUAAUGUUGAUAAAAGAAUGUGAAAGGUGGACUGAUUCCCUUAAUGGGCACCAAGUGUGUCAAAACAAGGCACUGGAAAGUGCACUCAGACAAUAGACCACAGUGAUGAAAAAGGUGAACCAUUAGAUGUGGUUUGAUCUGAGCACUUCUAACAUGGGAUGCCUUGAGUAAUGUGCAAGUGUGUCAAAGUAAAAGCAUUGGAAGGUGCGCUGAGACCAUGGACUACAUCACAGGAAAGAGUGAACAACUUGAUGUAUUUUGGUCUAAGCACUUUUUCUAAGAUGGAAUGCCUCUAUUAAUGUGACUGAAGGCUAACUUAAACCCUCUCAAAUGUAUGUUUGGAUUGGAAUGGAUGUAUAUGGGUGUAUUUCUACUGUGUCAGUGUAUGUCAGUGUGUGUGGUGCUGAUGAUGAUCACAGUGGUUUAAUGGGAAGAGCAGCCAGUGUCCUGUAAGCUACCAAUGUACUUUAGGUCUGUAUCUCUCUGUAGUAGACCUGUGUGAUUUAUGAGUGAGGUUUGUAACAUUUUAGAUUUGUAUCUUGUAAGGUCUUCUAAAAGUGCUAGCAGGACCUCUAGAAUGCAGGACCUGUAGCUUAUAUGAGGCCUAAAUGAAUGCAGGACCUGUAAAUUACAAAGCCUGUAAAAGGUCUAAGAUGUAGGACCUGUAACUUUUGAGGUCUGUAAAAUGUUUACAAUGUUGAGCCUAUAAAAUGUCUGUAAUGCAGGAAUUGUAAUUUUCAACAAGGCCUGUGUAAGGUCUAGAGUGGAGAAGCUGUAAGUUAUUAUUGUAAAUGGUCUAGAAUGAAGAAAUUGUAACUUGUAUGGUCUGUAAAAUGUUUUGUAAUGCAGGAACUGUAACUUAUGAGGCCCAUUAUGUAGGGUAAGACCUGCUGCAACUCAGUAAGCCUGUAAGAUUAAUAAACAGCUUUAUGAGGCCUAGGACUGGUGUGUGGAUGCAGCAGAUAAACGUACACUCACUCCCUGGACUCAAGAAUCCUAGUUGUUGGACGACCACAAGAUGUAUUAGGAAUUUCAGGCAACUGGAAUGUUAUAUGUAUUUUUAUGAAGCUCUUUAAGUAUUCUGUGAAUAUCUUGAGGGGUUGAUAGAAGUCUUACAAAAGCCAAUUUUUGCUGUUUCAAACAUUAUAAAACUGAAACCUUUAUCAA